AUGAUACCCGGAGAUGGGAACAUGGAAACCCAUGUUGUAGACCCUGAGAGCGUCGGGACAUUUAUUGCCCGAAUUCUGGCAGAUCCUAGGACAAUUAACAGAAAGGUCAUGGCGUCUGAAACUACAAUGUCCUUUAACGAAAUGUUUGAUACAGCUGAGACAUUGGCCGGCGAGAAGACUAAACGGAAAUAUAUUUCCGCUGAUGGUCUUCGCGCUAUGAUAGCAGAUCUGGAUGCUCAAAUCAGCCUUGACCCGGAGAACUACAUGCUUCUAGUUGGGAGGUUCUGGCUGGAGUAUUACCUCUCCUCCUUCAUUAAUGGCGAGAAUAGCCCUGAUGGUGUAUUGGCCAUGGAUUAUCUCUUAGCUACAGAGCUAUAUCCGGAUGUGCAGACAACCACUUUUGAACAAUUCUUUACAGACGUUCUUGAGAAGAAGAAACGAGUUCCUUAUUCAGACAGACUGGUCUGA